AUGAAAAGGACCGCAAAGGGCCCUGUUGAAAGCGAUGACAAGGAAGUAUUCAGAAACCUACUGCAUCCCCCCCGUAGAUGGCAGGCGCUUUUUCUUAUCACAUUAUGUUAUUUUCUGUUCCGCUCAGUGCCGUCUUCCGUGCAAGAGGGACCUCUGGGAGAUUGGCUGAAGUCGCGUUCUCCUAGUGGUUGGCCGCGAGCCUCGUGUCCUUACCCGUUUCCGAACGUCGUCUCUUCUUGGGCACCCACGGCAGAGUCGCCUGGAAUAACUGCUGCGUCAAAGAAACUAGACAAGAAGCUGAAAGCCAGAGUAGCAGCAGGUGGCAUAGAUGGACUAGCGGUGUCAGUCGUGACUUCUUCUGGUCCACUUUUCGAAGGGACGUAUGGCGUUGUCAAAGCCAACGAGACCGACCCAACCAAGCGACUCGAGGUGGAUCGUCAUACCAUUUUCCGCCUAGCUUCAGUCACAAAAAUGCUAACCGCAAUGGAGACGUGGAUCCUUCGGCAGAGAGGUGCUCUAAGCUGGGACGACGCAAUCACGAAGUUUGUACCCGACUUCAGCAUUAUCUCCGACGAGGAACCUAUCAACGUCAGGCAGCUUGCGUCCCAUACCGCUGGUAUCCCAGGGGACAUGCCUCCGGGGCCCAUGACUGAGUGGCCUCAUAGCCUGGAGGGUGCUGGUACACCUCCCGAAAAUGGGCUGCCAUUUCCCGCUCCAGAGGAUGUCCUCUCUGCGCUUGCCAACUUCAGGCCUGUCGUACCUCCAUCUUACCUCCCUGUCUACUCAGAUACCGGAUAUUCGCUUCUGGGAAUGGUCAACCUUGGAGCAAAUACUCUCUGGGAGAGUUCCCAAGGUGACAGACCGAAGACACAUGCAGAGCUGCUAGAACGCGACAUCUUCGAACCUCUCGGUAUGCGCAACACCGGAUUCUCAAGUAAUGUCUUGGACAGAAGCCGGAUUGCCGUGGCAUCUCUCAACUCUUACGAAGCGGACUACGACUUCCUCGAGGCCAUGAACCCUGCUGGCGGGUGCUACAGUAGCCUAGCUGACCUCGGUCUCCUUGCGCAAAACCUCCUCGCCCCAGGAAUAGGUACUGACUUGUUGACGCCGAUGACCGUACGCGAAUGGAUGCGUCCACUCCAUGCAUGGUACGACGACGCGACCGAAACCGGCCUCGUUUGGGAAAUCGCGAAGUAUCACAAUUCCUGGGGUCAAGUUCAGCGGCUCUAUCAGAAGUUUGGACAACUCGGAGGGUACCACACCGCAUUCUCGUUGAAUCCGACCAACGGGUUUGCCGUGAUCGUACUCAUGACGGGUGAAUAUCUCGACUCCCAAGCGCCCACGUUGGACGCCGUCGACGUGUUGCAACCUGCGAUAGAUCACUACAUCGCUGAGACUGUCGCACGCAUGUACUCUGGGCGGUGGAGGGCUGAAUCAAAGGAUGAGGCAGCUGCGAGCGACGUCAUCAUCAGCAUUCACAAAGGCUCCCUCUGGGCUGAGCGCAUAAUUCUCAACGGUACCGACGUCCUGGGAAUGAUAUACGGGCAAGGCAAAACACGGAAGGUGGGCCUAUUUUCCACAGGUCGUGUCGAUGAAUUUCGUCUUGCCUUUGGCAUACCCCCUUUCAACGAUGCGCUGGGUUACGGGUGCACCAUUUACUCCUUCGGCGCAGAGAUCGGGUACUCCCGUGGGGCCCCUGUCAACGAGAUGGUUUUCCGAGGCGAUGCUGAGGGGAGGAUUCUCAGAGUGCCGUCUGUCGAGCUCGACCUGCGACGUGUUCAUUGA